GGAUCAGCAUGGCGGCCUCCAGUGUGUUCCGACCGGGCUUGUUGAACCACAGAGUAGCGAUAGUGACCGGCGGAGGCACCGGGAUCGGUAAAGCCAUCUCUUCAGAGCUGCUGGAACUGGGCUGCAGUGUGGUGAUCUCCAGCAGGAAGGCAGACAGGCUGGAGGCAGCAGCCCAGGAGAUGAGAAAGAGGAUCCCCACCAACAGCCCUGCAAAUGUCACCCCAGUGCCCUGCAACAUCCGCAGCGAGGAUGAAGUGAAGGCUCUUGUGUCAUCGGUGCUGAAGCAGUAUGGCAGGAUAGACUAUCUGGUGAACAAUGGAGGGGGUCAGUUCAGCAGCCCAGUGGAGAACAUGACCUCCAAAGGCUGGAAAGCUGUGAUAGACACCAACCUGACUGGUACCUUUUAUUGCUGCAAGGAGGGUGAGUCAGACAGACACUAACAAUAAAUAAUUAAA